UGUUGGGAUGUCAUGUAAGGGCAGAAGUCGGAUGAUUUGGCAUUUUGAGGCUCAAGAGGGGUUCGAAAUGAUUCGAGUUUUCUUGGAUCUUCGAUCCAGCAGUGCAUGGCUGGCUGUCCAGUAGGGCUGAUCUUGGGAAACCCCGGCUCCGACGAUGCAGAUGAAGGAACCUUGGAUGUGCCUGAUGCCCUGGAUGAUCCGGUGGAAACACUGGACCUCACAGGAGUCGUAAGUGACUUCAACCAGUGGAACACUUACCUUGAAGGGAAAGGUGUCAAGGUGUCACGGAACAGUGCCUGCGAUUCAGGAUUGACCAGAGAAGCUGCGAUACAGAAGAUAUGGACACUCUUUGGAACAUUCUCAUCGCAUUACAUUUUGGUCUAUUUGGGCCAUGGUCGCAAAGGCAGUGGAAAUUGGCAAAUGAGUGAUGAUGACGUAACUUUUCUCGACAUCGCGUUCGCCUGGCUGCAGUUGGGCUACUUGCCCAGCCAUGGAAACAGCUGUACCGUUGUUUCUGAUUGUUGCUUUAGUGGCAAGUGGCCUUUACUUGCCAUGAACUUCAACAUUCCCGGCCUGCAGUUUCAAAGCGCAGUGGACGGUGACACACUAGCCAGGGACAGUUGGCCAACAUUCUCCCAAAUUUUUCUGAGAAUGCACUCUGGGCAUGACUUCCCCAAGCAGUUCAUGCUCAGAUGGAAGCCUCUUUGUUGUGCCAGAGACGGAGAUGCACACCACAGCACCAGGGAUCUUUUGCAUCUUGUGGGUGCAGUGCGCGUUGGUUCUCGAUUUUAUUUGGAACGACUCUAUAGCAAGUCAGGCAUCAUCACAGGCUUCCUUACGACAAUCAGCUUCUGCAACUACCAGUCAGACAAUGGCCGUUCUAUGAUUCACAAGGCAGUGGCACAGGUCCAUGAUCAUCAGGUUGGGAAGGUGGUGGUGGAAGACACACAAGAUGGCCUCCCUUUUCUCAUUAAAGAGAUUUGGUGCAAUCCAGAUGCCAGACGAACCAGUGUUGCCACAAGGUUGCUGACUGGGAUUCUUCAACAUUUGAAGGCAGAUCACGUGGACGUAGAGUUUGAAACCACCAAUGUGGGGCUGAUGGAGUUCUUGCUUGCUCACGGCUUUCAAGAUGUCUACACUACACCCCAAACUUGCCAAUGGGCACGGCACGAUGGAGCUGCAGGAUGAAGCAUCCAGAGGCAACAGUUGGGAUGCUGUGGAACGAAUCAAAACUCUUUAGUCAGGCUAAAGAACUUUUCGUAAAGACCUUCCAAGCUGCAUACGCAGGAUUUUCUGAGGAAUGCCUCGGCCUAAACGGCAUGACAAAGGAGGCAUGGCUUCGCCAAACUAUUGACGACGAAGAGGCGCUUCAGACAAGGGAUCCUGUCCGCUACAGCUGGUUGAUCGCACAUGACGCUGGUCAAAAGGUUCUUGGAAUCGCCAUUCUGGACAUGACACCUGCUUCCGGACAAGGUAGCCUUUAUGUGAGGCAGAUCGCAGCCAAACAAGGCCUUGGAAUUGGCAAGCGUCUUGUGAAGGCGAUUGCGAGCCACUGUGCUGGAGAAGGAAUUCACAAGUUGUAUGCUGUGACUCGGCGGAUCAAUGAUGGAAGCCAGCGCUUUAUGGCAAAGUUGGGUUUCCAAGAGUGCAAUCGUAAAGAGGAAGGCUAUGGUGACAAGUACAUCGGGCUCUCAGCAGAGAUCAGCCCUUGGCCACUUCAAGCUGCCAGCCCAACCUCAAGUGGCCCAAGGUCAAUGCCGCAUCCCAAGCUUAGAGCAUACUCAAAGUCUGCAAGUAUGUCAGAAUGUGGGAAGUGCGGCUUACAGCUGGACACCGUUGUCUUCUCAUGGAACGAAGAUGACUCCUACGAAGCCGCGCAGAGAUUGCUAGUGGCAACUUUCUUGGAUGCCUAUGAUUCACUGAAUGAGGCAGACCUUGGUUUGCAAGUGUCAAAGCAGAGAUUCUUGGAUGAUGUCGUUGCAAAUGAGUUGAAGAAGAGACUUCAAAACCCAGACCGAUAUCAGUGGCUGAUGGCGUCAAGAGCUGGUGAAGUCAUAGGGCUUCUCACUGUGGAUCUUGGUGAUUGUCACUGGGCAGGCGCCCCUUCCAGUGCAGUCAUCCGGCAGCUAGCAGUCGCUUCAAAGUUCCAACGCCAGGAUUUAGGCAUGGAGCUGGGGCUACGUGUGUUGGAGCGCUAUCCGACAGUUUUUGCCGUGAAAGCGUACACUCGACGCAACAAUCUAGCAUCUCAGUGUUUCUUGAACAAGUUUGGCUUUCGGAUUUUGAAUGAAGGCAGCCAGGAGUUUGAUGGCAGCCAGUAUUUGACGCAUUUCCGAGAUUUGAGCACUCCCGCGCAGAAAGUCAGCGACGAAUCGCUCAGUCAACGAGCAGG